AUGGGCCUCCUUGUAGAAGGCACUCCUCUCAGCUGGGAUGAGAUCAAGCCUCUCGCCGAACAUAUCCGAUACCACGGCAUCACCCAGUUCAUCAACAUCUGGGACAGGACGAAGGGAAGAAUUUGCACCGAGUUCCUAUGGGGCGAUGAGAUUGAGUAUAUGGUCGCAUGCCUGGAUGACGAGCAUAAGACCGCCAGGCUGAGCUUGCGACAGAGCUCGGUGACUCUGGACAGACUAAGAGACGAAAGCCUCUCUCGAACGUACAUCGCUGACGCAAUGCAUAGCACCAAGAUCCCUAUCUUUCACGAAGAGUACGGACGCCACAUGAUUGAAUCCACCCCUGGCGCUCCUUUCUCCGACGCUCUUUCUUCUCUUCUAUCCGUGGGGUCCGAUAUGCGCUUCCGACGCCAAAUCAUCUACAGCAGGCUCGAGCCUUCUGAGUUGCUGGUCACCGUCACCUCUUGGCCGAGGAUGGGGGUCACCGAUACUCCUUUCACCCAGGCGCCAGACGAUAUGGACUUUGAUGGGAGCUCCGGGAAGGAUACCAAGAACGUCGACAUGCUUCUCACCAACACUCAGCAUCCCAGAUUCCGCUCCCUUCAUGACAGCAUUCACCAGAGACGAGGCCGUCCAAUCGAUAUUCGAGUCCCACUGUUCAUCGACAAGCAGACGCUUACCGAGGGUCCUCGGGUCUCGGCUCUCUUGCCUUGUUGUCUGGAUUGCAAGACUGUCUCAGCUCACAUAGUGACCUGCGUAGCUUCAGACGUCCCUACAAUCCAGAUGGAUGCGGUAUCCUACGGCCUAGGCUGCUGCGGCCUACAAGUUACUUCUCAAGCAUCUAACAUUGAUCAAGCCCGAUAUGUCCACGAUGCCAUGGUCGUUAUCGCCCCAAUCAUGCUCACAUUGACGGCAGCAAGUCCCAUAUUCCAUGGUCGCCUGGCCGACAUCGACACCCGUUGGAGUGUAGUGGCAGCGAGCGUUGACGACCGCACAGAAGAAGAAGAGAAUGGUGUAGACCCAGUGACCAAGCAAAGGGCUUCUCCUUCGGUCAGACCCCGUUGGAGUUCCGUCAGCCUGCAUGUCUCCAACGAUGAGAGAAACAAGGCUGUGUACAACGAUGUGGAUGUACCUAUCGAUGACGAUGCGAAGAAGCGAUUGAUCGAACACUGUGUCGACGCCAAAUUGGCAGAUCACGUAGCCCAUCUAUUCAGUCGAGAUCCUCUCGUCCAGAUGUCAGAGACCAUUGACCAAGAUGACAACAAGUCAACCAUUCAUUUCGAAGGUAUCAACACUGUCGUCUGGCCGAGUGUCAGGUUCAAGCCUCCUCCUCUUGACUUACCUAUCGGCUGGAGGGUUGAGCUUCGGACGAUGGAGAUCCAGAUGACGGAUUUCGAGAAUGCUGCCUUUGUGAUAUUUGUUGUUCUUUUGACCAGAGCGAUAACGCACCUUGAUCUUAACUUUUACAUCCCUAUUUCGAGGGUCCACGAGAACAUGGAACGUGCUCAUCAACGCAAUGCUGCCGCUAUAGGCAAGUUCGUUUUUCGCAAGAACAUUUCCCCCUCGAAUGGCCCCUUCCAUGUCGAGAUCGAUGAUGAAAUCCAAGACAUGAGUAUGGACGAGAUCAUGAACGGCGACGGAGCUACUUUUCCUGGGCUUACGGGUUUUGUGGAAGAUACCUCAAGACUGUGGAGACGGACGAAGACACAGCGGCUGGUCUCCGCCCGUACCUCAAUCUCGUAA